GCCAAGUAUGUUUGGGCUGGACCAAUUUGAGCCCCAGAUCAACAGCAGGAACGCUGGCCAGGGCGAGAGGAACUUUAACGAGACCGGACUGAGCAUGAACACCCACUUUAAGGCCCCGGCUUUCCACACUGGGGGUCCCCCUGGCCCCGUGGACCCUGCCAUGAGCGCACUGGGCGAGCCCCCGAUCUUGGGCAUGAACAUGGAGUCAUACGGCUUCCACGCGCGGGGCCACUCGGAGUUGCACGCGGGGGGGUUGCAGGCACAGCCUGUGCACGGCUUCUUUGGAGGCCAGCAGCCUCACCAUGGCCACCCGGGAAGCCACCACCCUCACCAGCAUCACCCCCACUUCGGGGGCAACUUCGGCGGCCCGGACUCGGGGGCCUCGUGCCUGCACGGGGGUCGUCUGCUUGGCUACGGCGGCGCAGCCGGCGGCCUGGGCAGCCAGCCGCCUUUCACCGAGGGUUAUGAGCACAUGGCGGAGAGCCAGGGGCCGGAGAGCUUCGGCCCGCAGCGACCGGGGAACCUCCCGGACUUUCACAGUUCGGGCGCCUCGGGCCACGCUGUGCCUGCCCCAUGCCUGCCGCUGGACCAGAGCCCUAACCGAGCCGCCUCCUUCCAUGGCCUGCCCGCCUCCAGCGGCUCCGAUUCCCACAGUCUGGAGCCCCGGAGGGUGACGAACCAAGGAGCCGUCGACUCGCUGGAAUACAAUUACCCGGGCGAAGCGCCCUCGGGACAUUUUGACAUGUUUUCGCCCUCUGACUCCGAAGGGCAUCUGCCUCAUUAUGCGGGGGGUCGCCAGGUUCCCGGGGGCGCUUUCCCGGGUGCAUCGGCCAUGCCCAGAGCCGCGGGCAUGGUGGGCUUGUCCAAAAUGCACGCCCAGCAACCACAGCAGCAGCAGCAGCAGCAGCAACAACAACAGCAACAGCAACAGCAGCAGCAGCAGCAGCAGCAGCAGCAGCAGCAGCAGCAGCAGCAGCAGCAGCAGCAGCAGCACGGUGUGUUCUUUGAGAGGUUCGGCGGGGCCCGCAAAAUGCCUGUGGGUCUGGAGCCCGGAGUGGGCUCCAGGCACCCAUUAAUGCAGCCUCCCCAGCAGGGCCCGCCACCCCCUCAGCAGCAACCCCAGCAGCAGCCUCAGCAGCAGCAGCCGCCACCGCCGCCGCCCGGGCUUCUGGUCCGACAAAAUUCGUGCCCACCUGCGCUCCCGCGGCCCCAGCAGGGAGAGGCGGGCACGCCCAGCGGCGGCCUGCAGGACGGAGGCCCCAUGCUGCCCAGCCAACACGCGCAAUUCGAGUACCCUAUCCACCGGCUGGAGAACCGGAGCAUGCACCCUUAUUCCGAGUCUGUUUUCAACAUGCAGCAUCCUCCUCCGCAGCAGGCGCCCAACCAGCGGCUGCAGCAUUUCGACGCGCCCCCCUACAUGAACGUGGCCAAGAGGCCGCGUUUCGACUUCCCGGGCAGCGCGGGAGUGGACCGUUGCGCUUCGUGGAAUGGCAGCAUGCACAACGGCGCUCUGGACAACCACCUCUCACCCUCCGCCUACCCUGGCCUACCCAGCGAGUUCACACCGCCUGUGCCCGACAGUUUCCCCUCGGGGCCGCCCCUGCAGCACCCGGCCCCGGACAACCAGUCCCUGCAGCAGCACCAACAGCAGCAGCAGCAGCAGCAGCGCCAAAACGCGGCCCUCAUGAUUAAACAGAUGGCGUCGCGGAAUCAGCAGCAGCGGCUGCGCCAGCCUAACCUGGCCCAGCUAGGCCACCCCGGGGACGUGGGCCAGGGCGGCCUGGUGCAUGGCGGCCCGGUGGGUAGCUUAGCUCAGCCGAACUUUGAGCGCGAAGGCGGCAGCGCGGGCGCGGGGCGCCUGGGCACCUUCGAGCAGCAGGCGCCGCACUUGGCGCAGGAGAGCGCGUGGUUCCCAGGUCCGCACCCGCCGCCUGGAGACCUGCUGCCCCGCAGGAUGGGUGGCUCGGGCCUGCCAGCUGACUGCGGUCCGCACGACCCCAGCCUGGCACCUCCUCCUCCGCCCAGUGGCUCGGGGGUGCUAUUUCGGGGCCCUCUGCAGGAACCGCUGAGGAUGCCCGGAGAGGGCCACGUGCCCUCGCUGCCCUCGCCGGGCCUGCAGUUCGGGGGCAGCCUGGCCAGCCUGGGCCAGCUGCAGUCGCCCGGGGCUGGGGUGGGGCUGCCCAGCGUUCCUUCGGAGCGCCGGCCACCGCCGCCGGACUUUGCUGCGCCGGCGCUCGGGGGCCAGCCGGGCUUUCCGUUUGGCGCAGCAAGCCGGCAGGCCACGCCGCACAGCGGUCCAGGCGUGAACUCGCCGCCGAGCGCGGGCGGGGGCGGCGGCAGCUCUGGCGGUGGCGGCGGCGGCGGCAGCGGCGGGGGCGCCUAUCCGCAGCAGCCCGAUUUCCAGCCCAGCCAGCGCACCUCGGCCAGUAAGUUGGGCGCCCUCUCGCUGGGCUCCUUCAACAAGCCCAGCUCCAAGGACAACUUGUUCGGCCAGAGCUGCCUGGCUGCGCUCUCCACCGCUUGCCAGAACAUGAUAGCCAGCCUCGGGGCCCCCAACCUCAAUGUGACCUUCAACAAGAAGAACCCGCCCGAGGGCAAGAGGAAACUGAGCCAGAAUGAGACCGACGGCGGAGCCGUGGCCGGCAACCCGGGCUCGGAUUACUUUCCGGGAGGGACUGCUCCUGGGGCCCCAGGACCUGGAGGCCCGUCAGGGACCAGUAACAGUAGCUCCAAAGCCCCUGGGCCUCCCAACCCGCCCGCCCACGGGGACGGCACCAGCCUCUCCCCCAACUACACCCUGGAAUCAACGUCGGGGAACGACGGCAAGCCGGUUCCCGGGGGCGGAGGCCGGGGCCGAGGUCGCAGAAAAAGGGACAGUGGUCACGUGAGCCCCGGGACUUUCUUCGACAAGUACUCGGCGGCUCCGGACAGCGGGGGCGCGCCCGGGGUGAGCCCAGGGCAGCAGCAGGCGACAGGCGUGGCCGUCGGAGGAAGCUCCACGGGCGAGACGCGUGGGGCGCCGACGCCCCACGAGAAGGCGCUUACGUCGCCGUCGUGGGGGAAGGGAGCCGAGUUGCUCCUGGGGGACCAGCCGGACCUCAUGGCAUCCCUGGAUGGCGGGGCCAAGUCGGACAGUAGUUCGCCGCACGUGGGCGAGUUCGCCUCGGACGAGGUGAGCACGAGCUACGCCAACGAGGACGAGGUGUCGUCCAGCUCCGACAACCCCCCGGCCCUGGCCAAAGCGAGCAGGAGCCCCCUGGUGACCGGCUCGCCCAAACUCCCUCCCCGUGGGGUAGGCGCCGGGGAACACGGACCGAAGGCGCCCCCGCCCCCGCUCGGCCUGGGUAUCAUGUCUACCUCUACCUCGACCCCUGACAGCUAUGGCGGCGGGGGCACGGGCCAUCCGGGCACGCCGGGCCUGGAGCAGGUCCGGACCCCAACGAGCAGCAGCGGUGCACCACCGCCCGACGAGAUCCACCCCCUGGAGAUCCUCCAGGCGCAGAUCCAGCUGCAGAGGCAGCAGUUCAGCAUCUCCGAGGACCAGCCCCUGGGGCUCAAGGGUGGUAAGAAGGGUGAGUGCGCCGUCGGGGCCUCGGGCACCCAGAAUGGCGACAGCGAGCUGGGCAGCUGCUGCUCAGAGGCGGUGAAAAGCGCCAUGAGCACCAUCGACCUAGACUCGCUGAUGGCGGAGCACAGUGCCGCCUGGUACAUGCCCGCUGACAAGGCCCUGGUGGACGGCGCGGACGACGACAAGACGCUGGCGCCCUGGGAGAAGGCCAAACCACAGAACCCCAACAGCAAAGAAGCCCACGACCUUCCGGCGAACAAGGCCUCAGCGACCCAGCCCGGCAGCCACUUGCAGUGCCUAUCUGUUCACUGCACAGACGACGUGAGUGAUGCCAAGGCCCGAGCCUCCGUGCCCACCUGGCGGUCCCUGCACUCUGACAUCUCCAACAGAUUCGGGACAUUCGUGGCAGCCCUAACUUGAAUGACAAGAAAAACCCCCUCCCUGACCAGGUCCUUCCCUCCCCUUCUCUGUCUCCUCCCCCCUCUCCCCGACCCCAUCUCCCUGUUAAUUUGAAAGGGCCACUAUUGCUGAGUGGAUGAAUUUUUUUUUUCUAGGUUGGUACCUGCUUAGUGGCAUAUGGACCGGAAAGGGUUAAUUUAAAGGGGUGGGGAGAAAAAAAACCUCAAGAGAUUUUUUUAAAAAAGAAACUUGUCUGCCACAGUAUGUUACCAGUGUUAACCCUUCUGCAGUUAGCAAACUUUUGCUUAAGCCUUUUUCCUGCUAGAUAAUUCCCCGUUUUUCUGUAAUCUUGGCAUACAUUUUUUUAGAUGACCUCUUUUCUUGUUUUAUUUUCAUGCUGCUGUAUGUCCAAGUAUUGUUAUUUCGUAAUAAGACAAGAGUUGCUUUCCUUUUUUAUUCUCUUUAAUUCUUUUUCCUUUUCUCCCCUCCCCCCUCCCUUUUUCUUUCUUUCUUUCUUUUCUUUUUUUUCUGUUUUGCUUUGUUCACUGCUUAUUAAAACGGAAAUCCUGGAGAAUAGUAGUUCUGGAAUAUUGCCGGGUGAAAGUCAAAUUGUCAUCACAAUAUUACAUAUUGACACCCAACUGUCAUCAGUCGGCAGGAGCCAAACAAUUAAUGCCCCCCCUAGGUAUUCCACCUGGGAUUUUGUUUUGUCUGUUUCCUAAGAAAAUAGAGAUAUAUGUUUUUGUUCCUCCACACACACGCUCAGCCUUCAGCUCCCUUUAGCUUGGUUCUCUCUUCUCCUGCUGGAAGCCGCCCCUCUCUGCAGUGGACGCGAUGACGGGUCCAGCCUGCUCUGUGGGAAGGAGUCAGAAUGUUCGACAGGGGUGUUUUCUCUCCUUUUCUGGGCCUCCACACAAACACCCAGGCUCUGCGUUUUUACGCUAUGCUAGGCAGCCUUUGCAUGGGGGAUGGUGCCCUUCCAGCUUGCAGAGUCUUUGGGCCCUUUCCCUUUCCCAACAGCUGUCCCUGGCCUGGCAUCCUGGGGAAGAAAGAGGGGACUGAGUGUAUCUCCCUCAAUCCUCGCAUUUCAUCCCCAGUCCAACCGGGCAACCUCCAUCCCUGGGAGGGACGAGGCAACCCCAGGCUCAGCCUGCAAAGUCCCCCUUCUCCAGCCUGGGUAUAUUUCUUUGCAGGGGUUUGCAGAUUCCAGGGGGCUGGAGGAGGGAGAAAGAAUAGAACUAAUGACUUUGACUCCUGGGCCUUUUAUUUUUGAAUGUUGGAAUUCUCUCCCUCCCCUUUUGAGUUAAUCUCACCCUGUUGCAAAACUAAAGCUACAUCCCAUGUGUCUCCCGAAGGAAUAACUUCUCCUUUGUGCAGAGAUGAGCAGUGGUCACUGGAGGCCGAUUGUUGGCAGGGACGGGCACAUUGGGGUGCUGUUGAUGCCUGCAUUUAUGACUCUGGGGGUGGUGGGGAGCAUGUAGAUUCCGGGGCGGGUCAGACAUAAAGUGACUGACAUCACUUCACCAAAAUUGGUGACUCAUAUUUUAUUUCAGUUUUUGUUAAUGAGCAUAUCUUAACCAAAUGCUCCAUUUUGAGCCCCCCCACCCCGCUCCAGGUCCCCAGAAUUUACAGAUGUGGAUUUUUUUAGCAAGUGACCUGAAGGCUUUGGGCUCCCCAUACAACGCCCACAUUGUUUAUUUCAAAAAACUUUUCAGCCAAGGAAGAGAAACGGCCAGAAAAAGCUCAGUCUUUCUCCUCCCUCCUCCUUUUCCUUUUCAGCCAGCCCUUUUGGCUGGGGUGUGAGUCUGGGCAGUCCUCGGUCCUGGAUAGUCUGGCCAGGGGCAGACCCCGGCUGCAGAGGGCAGAUAGAGCAGGUGGCGUGGAUUUAUCAGAGAGAAGGUGCGGGCUGAUGUAGUUCCUGCAUUCUGCUACCAAAGGAACAAAAAGGGGAGGCGACUUCCCCCCUACCAUGGGCUGCGGGAGAAUCGGCCAUAUUCUGGGCAAAACUCCAUGUCCCUCUGAUUCCGCAACGUACAGCUGUUUGAGAGCUUCAUCAUUUUACUUUUUAAACAGGAAUGAUUUCUCCUUAAUUGCUUAAGGCCGGGGAGCAAAGUGUCUUAACUUCUGUCUUUGACUUUCCCAGCGUUGAGUCCAUCAGCACUUGGCCAUCAGUUCAUGGUCCUAGUAACCUUGGAAACCCCUGAAGUUUUAAACUUUCUCGCUCCCCACGACCCCAGAAUGGAACAGCUUUAAAAAUAGCCUUAAGCAAAAGGAUGUUAUUUCAUUAAAUUUGGUUUAAUGGAAGAAAUAAAAGCAAAUUAAAAACACACCCAACACACGAGACUCCAAACACUGGUAAUCGGUACUGCAUAGCAAACUCUUCGGGAAAGAAAAUGAAAAUGUUAUUGCACAUGUAAAAUAUGAAAACUUAACUCUGCUGUGUGUUAGGCAAUCCUGUAAUCUUUUUUGACUCUUAAAAGAAAUUCAUUUCUGAAAUGCUUGGUUGGAAGACUGUGACAAUAGCUCAUGAAAUUGAGUGUUAUUUUUUUCUUUCUUUUUUAAAAAAAUAUGUAAAGUGCAGUCUUCUGUAUUCAUGCAUAUUGUAUAUACCUGUAUAUGUUUUCCUGAGCAGCUAAAUAACAAUAAAUAUGACGUUAAUGGUGA